AUGCUGAAACGCACUAUGGAAAAUGACUCCUCUGUGACACAGUUUAUCCUUAAGGGAUUGACAGACCAACCUGAGCUCCAACUGCCUCUGUUUUUCCUGUUCUUGGUGAACUGUGCAGUCACUGUGGUGGGAAACAUGAGCUUAAUUGUUCUAAUUUUCCUGAAUUUGCACCUUCACACCCCCAUGUACUUCUUCCUCUUUAACUUGUCCUUCAUUGAUUUCUGUUAUUCAUUUGUCUGUACCCCUAAAAUGCUCUUGUGCUUUGUUUCAGAAGGGAACAUCAUCUCCUUUGCAGGAUGCAUGACUCAGCUAUUUUUCCUCUGCUUUUUCGUGAACUCAGAGUGCUACGUGCUGACAGCCAUGGCCUAUGAUCGCUAUGUGGCCAUCUGUCAACCUCUGCUGUAUGGGGUCAUCAUGUCCCCUAGGGUCUGUUCUCUGCUGAUGUUAGGCUCUUACUUGAUGGGGUUUGCUGGUGCCAUGGUCCACACAGGGUGCAUGAUGAGGCUCAGCUUUUGUGAUUCCAACAUCAUCAACCACUACAUGUGUGACAUCUUCCCCCUCCUUCAACUUUCCUGCAGCAGCACCUACGUCAAUGAGCUUGUGAGUUCUGUUGUUGUGGUGACUGUUGUCAGUGUAUCUAGCCUCAUGAUCUUAAUCUCAUAUGCUUUGAUUCUUUAUAAUGUCAUUCACAGGUCCUCAGCUAAGGGUUCAUCUAAAGCCAUGAGCACCUGUGGUUCUCACAUUUUAACUGUUGGUCUGUUCUAUGGAUUUGGGCUGCUCACUCAUAUUAAACCAUCAUCCCCAGGAUCUGUGACCCAGGGGAAAUUUUUCUCAGUGUUUUGCAAUUUUGGGGUUCCCAUGCUGAACCCCCUCAUUUAUAGCUUCAGAAACAAGGAUGUCAAACUUGCUCUGAAGAGAACUCUGAAGAGAAUCACAAAUUGA